CUACAAAUACAGUGCGGAGAAAUUAAAUUGACAAUAAUCGUGAGUCGUCAGUUUUUCCACGAGAGACGCAUUCCGUUCAAAUCCGAACUUCUUCGACUCGGAGUAAACUCGACGCAAACGACCUCCUGCAGUCCAAAGAGACUUUCUGAAAAUGCGAUGGCCAUCACUGCUGGCCUACGAGAAUGUGGGACUUGGGCCAGUGUCCAUGGCAACUGGCUUGUGUACUCUAACCAGCUGUUUGUGUUUCCUGCUGCACUGCCUACCUCUGCCGGCAGUCUAAUCGUCCGAGGGGUGACCACGGUCAUACCUGUUGAGUGCCAUUAUGAGAGAAAGCAGAAGGUGAGAGGAGAACCAUUGCAACCUACCUGGAUACCAAUGACAUCCACCAUUAGUGCAUUUGGACUUCUUCACUUCUCCCUUCGUGUUAUGACAGAUGGCUGUUCCACCUUGCGAAGUUCCUCAGUGUACCAGCAGGGGGAGACAAUGUUUUUGGAAGCCAGUGUGGAGGCACUGACGCACCCUGCCCUCACACUCUAUGUUGACUACUGUGUUGCUACACUGAAUCCUGAUCCUCUGUCACAGCCAAAUUACAACUUUAUCGCCAAGCAUGGAUGCCACCUGGACAGCAUGCUGCCAGGCUCCUCAUCUAGGUUCUUACCUCGAAAUCAAGACAACAGAUUGUGCUUCAGUGUUAAAGCCUUUCACUUUAACCACACAUUUGCACAACAGAUCUUCAUCAGCUGUCAUCUUAAGGCCACCCUGAAACAAAACUCACAAAGUUAUGUUGACAAAGCCUGCUUCUUCCACAAACCCACCUUCAGCUGGCGUGCCAUAGAGGGAGACAGUACUCUGUGUGAAUGUUGUGACUACGACUGCUUCAAACUGACUAAGAUGAACAGUGGACACACAACUCAGCAACCAACAGGAGUCAUUGUGACUGGACACCCCUGCCCCCGCAUUUUCCACACAUCCCUCACCUCCCACCCCAAUCCCCUGCUCUGGUCAUGA